GGCAGAAAGAAAACAGCCAUGACCGAUGUUGGGGAAAUUAUCAAAGCUCUUAAUGAUUUUGGCCGAUUCCAGCAUUGGCUAGUUCUGAUGAUCACUAUAGCUUCACCCUUUGCCGGUUUUCAUAUGUUCAGCCAAUUAUUCAUGGUCAUUCCAGUGCCUCAUCACUGCAACACUAAUUGGUUUGACAACAUCCACUUGAAUUUGACCGAAGAGGAGAAGCUGAAUUUAACUAUCCCCCGAAAACCUGACGGGACCUUAGAACAAUGUCUCAUGUAUACUCCUGUGGAAACCAACUUUGAGACCAUCCUGCAAACUGGAUUGAAUUCAACAGAGAAGUGCCGAGAUGGAUGGGUUUAUCCUUCCAAGCCAAAACCUUCUCUGAUUAGCCAGUUCUCCCUGGUAUGUGACCAAAAGGAUUUAAUUGACAUCUCCCAGUCCAUCUUCAUGUCCGGCCUCCUCGUUGGAGCCAUGGUGUUAGGACCGUUGAGCGACUGGUAUGGCCGACGACCCAUUGCUUUGUUGUCUCUGGUCUUCGAAGGCGUGUUGGGAGUUGCAGUAGCUUUUGCGCCCAGUUUUUAUCUCUAUUGUGGACUCCGGUUUCUGCUGGGAGCAGCUCUUUCUGGGAUCACCAUAGCCAGCCUAGCUCUGUGCACUGAAUGGGUUGGCGUUGCCUACCGGCCGCAUACCAUCAUCACUGCUCAUGUGACUUUUGCUUUGGGACAGAUGCUACUGGCGGGGUUGGCUUACGGUCUCCGGGACUGGCGGCAUCUUCAGAUUGCUGGUUCCGCCCCAGUUUUUGCUUUCUUUUUCUACAUAUGGGUCCUCCCGGAGUCCGCUCGGUGGCUUGUGAUGAAAGGCAAAAUAGAGGAAGCUAAAAAGGUUCUCCAAAAGGCAGCCUCUGUGAACAAGCAAACCAUCCCUCCGAGAAUGUUAGAGGAGCUAAAACCUGAACAGACAUCCAACUCUUCAAUGGUUUUGGAUCUCGUAAGAAACUCCCAAUUAGCAAAGGUGACCCUGGUUAUUUCCCUAAUCUGGUUUGUCAACAGUCUGGCCUACUACGGAUUAAGCCUGAAUGUUGGCAGCUUUGGCCUGAAUAUCUACCUGACGCAGGUCGUCUUCGGGGUGGUUGAAAUCCCCGCCCGGGUCCUUUCCGUCUUCCUGAUGCAGCAUUUGGGAAGGAAGAAGUGCCAGUCGAUUUUACUCCUCCUGGGGGGAACUUUUUGCCUUCUGAUCUUCGCUGUUCCCAAAGAUUUACCCGUGGUGAUCACAACGCUGGCUGUCCUUGGGAAGUUUACCAUGGCAGGAUCAUUUUCCACAUCCUAUGUAUAUUCUGCAGAGCUGUUCCCAACUGUUAUCCGGCAGACGGGACUCGGAGUAUGUCAGAUGACAGCCAGGGUAGCUGGAAUCAUCUCCCCGCUGGUUGGCCUCCUGGGGAAAUACCACACCUCUCUGCCUGUGGGGAUCUUCGGAAGUGCAGCCGCCCUUGGUGGUAUCUUUUCUCUCCUUCUUCCAGAGACCCUUGGCAAGGAUCUGCCCGAUUGUGUGGAUGAUCUGACCCACAAACCAAGGAAGCGCAAGGAAGCCAGUGACUGCGUGGAAAAUGGGUGUACAAAAUCCAAUAAAGACAAUUGUAUUAGUGAAAGGAUAACAUCCACACGUUUCUAAAGUCAGUGAUAGAUUAACUUCAGUAUAUCAAGGACACAAACUGGAGAAAAAUUGGUAGAUUUCUCUGUACUGUGAGUAAAAUAGGUAAAAACCAGUGGGCUUGGUUAGAAAGUAAAU